AAAAUCGUUAAGAACAAUUAAAAUGGAAAUACUUACUAUAUUGUCUGUGGUGGGGGUUUUGCUUUUGCUUUACAAAUUGAUAACUGCAAACCAUAAUGUAUUCGAAAAGCGAGGAUUGCCUUAUGAAAAACCCUUGCCAAUUGUGGGUAAUAACCUGGACCUAGUCCUGGAAAGGGGCUCAUUUCAGAAGGUCCUAUCUGAGUUCUAUGCCCGCAAUAGAGAACACAAACUAGCUGGCUUCUUCAGCUUUCUUACACCGAUUAUUAUUUUGAUUGAUCCUGAGGUUAUAAAGAAAGUUACCGUCAAGGACUUUGAUCACUUUCCCAAUCACCAAACGAUUUUCCCAAAGAAAGAACGCCUGGUGCACGAAAUGAUGAGCUCCUUAACCGAUCAGAAAUGGAAAAAUGUACGGAACACUCUGUCGCCUUCCUUCACCGCAUCCAAGAUGCGGACCAUGUUUCCCCUGAUGAACGAAUGUAUUGCUGAGUGCAUGGAACACCUGGACAAGAAGGGCAAGACAACUGGCAAGACUGGCGGAGGCUUCGAAUUGGAGAUGAAGGAAUUGUGCAACCGAAUGUCCAAUGACAUUAUAGCUUCGACUGCUUUCGGUCUGAAAGUCAACUCCUACAAAUCACCCAAAAAUGAUUUCUAUGAAAUUGGUAAAUCGAUUAUCUUCCUAAGAGGGGUGCCAUUCUACAAAUUCAUGUUGGCGCAGUCAUUGCCCUGGCUAGCUGACUUACUGAGUGUCAAAGUUCUACCUCCGAAGAGCAUUAAUUAUUUUUCCAAACUUGUCAUUGACACGAUGAAAUAUCGCGAGGAAAACAAUAUCGUCAGGCCGGAUAUGAUUCAAAUGCUUAUGGAAACCAAGAAGGAGGUUGGAAAAGAUUUUACUGAGGAUGAGCUUGUGGCUCAGUGUUUCGUUUUCUUCUUUGCGGCUUUCGAAAACAACUCUUUAUCAGUUUGCACAACAGCUUUUGAGUUGCUUCAGAAUCCGGAUGUGCAGCAGAAACUUUAUGAAGAGGUGAAAGAGACCCAUGAUGCGCUGAAUGGGGAGCCACUUAGCUAUGAAGUGGUCAUGAAGAUGAAAUACAUGGACAUGGUCUUGUCGGAAUCCCUGAGAAAGUGGGCUUUGGCCCCGAUCACUGAUCGUAUUUGUUCCAAGGAUUAUACACUGCGCGAUGACGAUGGUUCUACGCUGUUUCAGUUCAAGAAAGGUGACAGAAUAUUUGUGCCAAUUGCUGGUAUUCAAUUGGAUGAGCAAUACUUCCCCAAUCCUCAUAAAUUCGAUCCUGAACGCUUCAACGAAGAAAACAAAGAUAAAAUUAUACCUUAUACUUACAUUCCCUUCGGCUCAGGACCACGUCUCUGCAUUGGUAAUCGUUACGCCCUGAUGACAGCAAAGUCCAUGCUCUUUAAUUUGGUGCUGAAGUAUAAAAUCGAGCGAUCUCCCAAGACAUCGAAGGAUAUGUUGAGCGAUUCGGUUGGAUUCCAGUUGGGACCCAAGAAUGGUUACUGGGUGCAUCUUGUGCCUCCAUUCUGUUUGGAAUCAGUUAUUAUUGCCGCACUUUUCAAGGUCAUAUUCAAUUUAACGAAUAUGGAUCUGUUUAUUGUUUUACCCAUUGUGGGCCUGCUUUUCCUAUGGGCCUACAAAUGGUUAACUGCUGGCCAUGAUGAAUUUAUUAAGCGUGGAUUGCCAUUCGAGAAACCAUAUCCUCUGGUUGGCAAUAACCUUGAUAUCUUUCUUGCCAGAUGUUCGUUUCAAAAGCUUAUGGCAGAGUUCUAUGCACGCACAAGGCAACACAAACUCGUGGGCCUCUUCAACUUUCGCACUCCGGUUAUUCAAUUGAACGAUCCAGAGAUUAUUAAGAAAAUAACCAUCAAGGAUUUUGAUCACUUUCCGAAUCAUCAAGUCUUCUUCAGCACCAAGGAGCGCCUUGUCAAUGAUAUGUUGAGCAUAAUGAAGGAUCAACGAUGGAAGCACAUGAGAAACACUCUGACUCCAGUAUUUACAGCUGCUAAAAUGCGCACCAUGUUCAGCCUGAUGAACGAGAGUUUUGCCGAGUGUAUGGAUCAUCUGAAGGAGAAGGGAACAGCUGCCAAGUCAGGCGAAGGUUUCGAGGUGGAGAUGAAGGAAGUUUGCAACCGAUUGUCGAAUGAUUUGAUUGCAACAACAGCAUUCGGUUUAAAGGUUAGCUCUUAUAAGGAGCCCAACAAUGAGUUCUUCAAGAUUGGUCAAUCUAUUGCCUUCUUCCGUGGCAAGGCUAUAUACAAAUUUUUACUGUCAGCCACUUUACCUCAACUUUUCAAGUUUUUGGGAUUCAGUGUCUUCGAUCCGAGUAAGACCGAUUAUUUCAUACGCCUCGUUGUCGAUACCAUGAAGCAGCGGGAGGAGAACAACAUUGUGAGGCCAGACAUGAUUCAGUUGCUUAUGGAAGCUAAGAAGGAGUCAACGGAAAAUUGGACUGAUGAUGAGCUGGUUGCUCAAUGCUUCAUCUUCUUCUUUGCUGCAUUCGAGAAUAAUGCCAGUCUCAUUUGCACCACAUCUUACGAGUUGCUAUUGAAUCCAGAUGUGCAACAAAAACUCUACGAGGAAAUCAAAGAAGUUCAUGAAUCACUGAAGGGUCAGCCACUUAAUUACGAUGCUGUCAUGAAGAUGAAAUACAUGGACAUGGUUGUCUCAGAAUCUUUGAGAAAGUGGGCAUUGGCUGCUGCUACCGAUCGCUUGUGCUCCAAGGAUUACACUCUCAAGGAUGACGAUGGCAACGUCAUCUUUGAGUUUAAGCAAGGCGACCGCAUUAACAUUCCCAUUGGUGGUCUGCAUUGGGAUGAUCGUUACUUCCCCAAUCCGGCGAAGUUUGAUCCAGAGCGUUUCAGUGACGAAAACAAAGACAACAUCGUGCCAUAUACGUAUCUACCCUUUGGAGCGGGUCCUCGCAAUUGCAUUGGCAAUCGCUAUGCUCUGAUGCAGGCCAAGGCUAUGAUAUACAAUCUGUUGCUAAAGUACAGAAUCGAACGUUCACCCAAGACAGUCAAGGAUCUGAUGAGCGACUCCCGCGGCUUCCAAUUGACUCCUCAGAGUGGUUACUGGGUGCAUCUGGUGCCCAGAUAAAAGCUUCACUUUCCCCACAGAAAAAAAGACAAUUUGUUGAAUUCUUUGAUUUUUACGUUAAAAUACACAUAUAUGUAUAUAUAUAA